AUGGGGUUUGCCCCUCUGUGGAUUAGAUGGAUGCAUGGUUGCCUUUCCUCUGUGUCUUACUCUUUCAAUGUUAAUGGUGUUAAGCGAGGGUAUGUAAGUCCUUCUAGAGAGAUUAGGCAAGGAGAUCCCCUUUCCCCGUGCCUGUUUCUGUUCUGUGCUGAAGAGCUCUCUAACCUCCUAAAUAAUGCUAUCAGAAACAAACAAAUUACAGGAGUUAAAAUUGCAAAACAAGGCCCAUCUGUUUCCCAUCUAUUUUUUGCUGAUGAUUCCCUUAUUUUUUGUAAAGCUAAUGGUGAUGAAGCAGGACAUAUAAAGGAAAUCUUAGAGUGCUAUGAAAAAGCAUCUGGACAACAAGUUAACAUUAACAAAUCAGCAAUCUUUUUCAGCAAAAACACAGGCAGUAGAAAGAAGGAGGAGAUGCUGCAGAAGUUAGGAGGAAUCCAACAGGUUUCACAAGAAAAGUACUUGGGCUUACCUUUAGUUGUUGGAAGGUCCAAAAACAGUGUGUUCAGGUUCAUUAAAGAAAAUAUGAUGGCUAGAAUCCAGAAUUGGAAAGGUAAACUUCUGAGUAAUGCAGGGAAAGAUGUUCUGCUCAAAUCAGUAGCUCUUGCAGUCCCAUCCUAUGCUAUGUCAGUGUUCAAACUAUCAAAGAGCCUAUGCAAAGAGUUAAGUGGGAUAAUGGCCAGAUUCUGGUAG